CCUUAGUGUUGCGAAUUAAUAUCACAGUGUGUUAGAGAACGUUAGUGAAACAGGCAGGAUGGCGCCGCAGUUGGAUUUACCGUACGAAAUGAAAAAUUGUACGCCCGAAGAAGAAAAGUUGAUCCGAAAAUGUGUCCUAGGUCAUACGAGAAACUUCGUGAAAUGUGGAAAGGAAGGGUACGUGAUGCCCGGUAGCUUCAAGAAGCAUGCCCAAGGAAUAUACAACAUGCAAGUCCGUCCGGACGACGUGUGGGUCAUCACCUUUCCUAGAUCUGGCACCACCUGGAUGCAGGAGAUGGUUUGGCUAGCAGAAAACAACUUGGACUUCAAAUCUGCAAAGGAUAUUCCGUUGUACAAGAGAUUCCCUAUGGCAGAGAUCACAUCACAGAUUCCAGAUAUUGCAUUCGAGCUUAUCAAACUGAACUUCUUAAAUUUGAAGAGUUUCCAAGGUCUCAACGAAGCUGUCAAGGUUCCAAGCUGGAAGUCAUUGGAUAAAGCACCCUCUCCUAGAUUUAUUAAGACUCAUCUUCCUCUGUCGAUGUUGCCUCCUAACUUACUGAAUACGGCCAGAGUGGUGUAUGUGGCAAGAGAUCCCAGGGAUGUAGCUGUAUCUUACUAUUAUUUACACAAGAUGAUCGCCAAGAGUUUGAUGCGGUCAAACUUUUCGCAUUUCUGGGAAGCUUUCAGACGGGAUCUGUUGCCUUGGACGCCGAUAGUAUCUCAUACAAAUGAAGCUUGGACGAAGAGGCACCACCCGAACCUACACUUCGUAUUUUAUGAAGAUAUGUUAAAGGAUUUACCAAAGGAAAUUGGAAAUGUUUGCAAGUUCCUGAAUAGGCAGUACAGUGAAACUGAAAUCAACCUCCUCGCGAACCACCUCAGCUUCAAGAGCAUGCAGAAAAAUAAAAAUGUCAACAACACAGUAAAUGGCGAUGACAGCAUACAGUUUGUGAGGAAAGGUGAGGCUGGUGGAUGGCAAACACACUUCGACGAGAAAAUGCAACUCCAAGCCGAAGAAUUCCUCAUUGCACGGCUGAAAGGGCUCGAUCUGUCUUACCCGUCGUUCCCUAUCCAUGAAAUAACCAGAUUAUAAUAUUUAUUGGAAUCAGCUCAAACUUGAGCGUGAAUGUAAAAAUUGCGAACAGGAAUGCAUGCUGUCGUUUGUACGUGUGAGAAAGGAGCUAGUGUUGGCUUGUUUAACAGUUGUAUCAAUAUAUGUGUGUAUGUUGUAUCAAGAGUACCCUUCAUGAAUGCAAAGUGAAGCGACAGUUUUGAUGGACUUUAAGAAAGGAAAUAAUGUCAAGACUAAUAGAAAUUUUAAUUUACAUUGAUAAGGCUCUAAUGAUGGAAAUGACAUGUGCUGUCAUAUCAUGUAGUCAAGUGACUUUAGACCUGUAAUUUUCAUAAAUUUGAGUGUUGUUUGAAAUGUCGUUCCUAGUUGAAAGGUAUGAUUCGAAUCAUUUGAUAUAUUUUUGAAUAAUACGCCAGAGAAACAACGGUGUCAUGCAAAUUGCUUGGGAGAUGAAUGUUUUAAAUUAAGACAUUAAUGGAUCAAUUCGUUUUUAAGAUAUUAACUUCUUCUGUAGUUUUUUGUUAAAUGCUGAGUGGGAUUCCAUCGGAGUCACAAUUAAUACUGUGAUACUGUAUUUUACUUAGAACUAUUUAAUUUCUUGUACCAUUUUUCGCCAUUUUCUAGUAUUGUUAUUUAUUUAAUUAAUUAUAUUAAUUAUUAUUUAAUUAAUGUGUCUUAUGAAGGGAGACCGAAAUUGUUAAGACUGGUUGCCAGAAUAGGAUAGAUGAUGACGUUCUUACAAAGUUAAAAUAUUAUUAUUCCAUCAGAAAGCUUGUGAAAGCAGAGCAGAGCUGACGAAACGGUUCAUUUCCAUUCGCUGUGAUUUAGUUUGUAUAACAAGAGAAAAAAUAUGUAUUCAUUGUUAUUCAUUAAAAUACAAGUCAAACAUUGUAAAAAAAACGUCAUCAUCCUAUUGUAAUGACAAAUCGAUUUUCAAAUCAGAAGUCUGUGACAUUAGGUACCAAUGACUUUACGUACUCUCCGAGGCUCGGAGUAUGCCAUUGACAAAUGGUCACCCAUCCAUAGACCAACCGCAGUGAGCGAGGCUUAACCUCAAUUAUCAUUAGUAAUUAAGAAGCGAUGGUGAUAAAUGUUCCUAUUAGAAACUAUGUGAUGAUAUGGAAUUGUUUUUAAUUAUUAUCAAACGGGUCUAAUGCGGUUUUCCAAAUAAAUUAUAAUUAUUCUUAAUAUAGGCUAGCAAAUAGGUUUGUUCUUGUAAAUUGACAAAUAUCAUAAUGCUGCAUUUAAGCUUUUUAAGUAAUUUAUUUAUCUUGUAAAUAUUAUUAUUAAUAUUUUUUCUAAUUUAUUUUCGUUUUGACAGCUGAAUGCCUUUGACACGUUUGUCUUUUACAUUUAUUAUUACAUUUCAACUUCUUCAUCUUCAUUUGUACAUACCAUUAGUUUUAAGAAUAAUUUAACGCUCAAUUUAUUUAAUUAGUUUAAGAUCUCGUCAAUAUUUUGGUUUGACGUGUCGUAUUAUAUGCUAUUUUUUAAAAACUUUGGGUCUUCUUUUUCAUUGUUGCAAUGAGACGCCGUCCCUGUCAUAGUAGCUGCUAUUUAGAAUUAAUAGAUGAAGAACUAGUCGAUGCCAUCCGUAAGACAGAUUUCCAAAAAGUUUGGAUACAGAUUGUUUCUUAUAUCUCGAAAACAAAAAAUGAAUGGUACACAGUGAAAUAAUAUCUCGUGUGACGUCCUUUACCAGUACGAUUUUACAAACAAGUGAUGUUACUAACCCUCACUAGCUUUCGUUCCAUUAACAAGUGUUUUUAUUUUUCCUAACUUUUUUUUUUAAUGAUGUGAUAAAAUGAAAACUAUGUAUUCAAUAUUUUCGCGAAACCUGUAUGACGGACUAUUCACAUUUUUCUAUGCUACAUUGUGAUGGCAAAUGUUAAUUAUUAUCACCAAUCUUAUAAUUGUACUUUAAACUUUAAUAUGGUUCGUGAUGUAAACGUAAGAUGAUCAAGCAUUUUGAAAACCGACAUAUUUUACCAACUGUAUCUCGGAUCGCUAUUUAUGACUUAUGAUAAGUAUUUAUAUGAUGAUAAGAAUUAAAAUUCAAGGUUAAGAUAA